UUUCAAAUCGUCGAGCACUCGCCUCGCCGCCUAACCCCUCCCUCCUCCGCGGCUGCCGGAGCCUUCCGGAAGGUGCGGCGGAGGGUUCCGUCCGUCCGGGAGCGCCCCCCCCCCUCCCCCCGCGGCUUCAGGUGGGUUGAGGGAGGGGAAGGCAUGGGUUGGUGAGGAGGCACAGGAAGGGAUACGGAGCCAGAAGAAGGUUGGAUGUUACAAAUGGCUCAAGCUGCUGUUCAAUCUUCUCUGAAUGCGGACCCCUUGAUUGGGAGGGCGGGUGGAGCUCCAAGAAUGAAGAGGAAGACCCCCUCUGAGCUCAGAGGAGAGCAAUUGAAGCGGCGCAUUUCUGACAAGCCUGCCAAUGACCAGUUACUCCAUGCUGCGCCAUUUGAUAGGUCAAGCAAUGGGUUUCGGAACACAGAGCAACCAAAAAUAUCGAAAUACAUCAAUACUCGUGUUACAGAGGUGUUCCCAGUAAAAAAAUCUAGAAACCUGGGAAAGGAAAACUUGAAGGAUGCUUUGCAGAAUAAUGAGAAGGCUCUCAAGUCUGCUGAUGCUGUGACAACUUCUGGUUUUGCAUCAUCUCCGCUCCCAUGUGGUUAUGGUGACUCUGCUAAGUUGGACCCUGCUGUUCCAUUGCAUACGGAGGCAGCAAAACCAAGUUUUAAGAAAGUUGAGAAAUGUAGUGAAAAUGCUUUGCGGAGUGUAUCUGAGCUCCAUGUCGGUGAUGAGCAUCAGUCUGGCACUAACAGAUUUGAUAUGGAAAAGGUGCUCAAAGGUUUUGGAGCUCGGGAUGCUUUUGUGGCCUCUAAGCUCACUGAAUCAAACAUACAGUUUGGUGCUGUACCUUUGAAAUCUUCGGAUGUGUGUGCUACUGAGAUCACUAUUCCAGGAAAAAGAGCUCCUUUGGAUCUCACCCUGAAGACUACUUUGCAAUUUGUCUCAUCAUCUUCUGUAAAGUGGUGUCACAAGUUAAGUACAAGUUUUGGUAGGAGCAGUAUUGUAGGACCCAUUGCCCAGAGUUAUCAUAAUGGAUGUCAAAACUCGGGAUGCACGAGGCCUGAGAGAAACAAGGAUUUCUUGUUCUCGAAGGCAUUACAAUCAUGGGUAUAUCCACAAUCCUUAUUGCCUGCUUCCAUCAUAUCUGCUAUGGUAUCAUCAACUGUACGAGGAGAAAGUGAUUUUCUUGUCAAGAGGCAUCAGGACUGGGAAGAUUCAUUUCAGAAUCUUUACUACAUGCUCCGGAAGAAUCUGUUGAAUAUUUUUUAUGUUUAUACGCCGCAAUUUGUUGCUCUCUUCAUUGGGGGAAAUUGUUUGGAGAAGAAGCAGACCUCUAAUGCCUACCUAUCACAAUCUACACGUGGGAUACGAUCAUUGCUACGGAGACACGGUGUUCCUUUUUCUAUGCCUCUUUGCAACACUGAAGUGGAGCAGGUUACAGAGGAUGACCUGAUUGAACUUUCAGAAAUCCAAAAGCGCAAUCUAGGCCAGACGCUCCACAUUGAUGCUAUGUCUGAUGUUGACAACACCACACAAUCACUUCUUUCAUUUACAGGCAAUAAGAGUGUUCAUGGUUUAUAUGAUUUCUUGUUGAAUUACAAGUCAUUCUUAAAUUCUCUAUCUGCCACAGAUGUCCCAGUGUUAUAUUCACCGGUGCCAUUUCAAAAUGGCUGCCUCCAUAUCCCAGAGGUCAAAUGCAGGGAGAUGAGAAAAGCAGAUAUAGGCCUGGCUUCAAGUGGAUUUGAUGCAGAAGAACCUGGAUCUACUUUCACUUCUGUAACGGGCAAUAUCUGCUACAGCAUGGAAAUAAAGGAUCCUGUUCUUCCGCCAUGGGUUGUUUCCGGAAUCUGUGCUGCAAUGUGCUGUGAUGCAAACAGCUUCGAUUUAACAAUGGCAACGGAGCCAUCGUCGAUGGGCUUAAAUGCUGCCUUCAACUGCAUAGGCACAGCUUCCCUGUCCAAGUCGCUUCCCUCUGAAGGCUGUGAAUCAUUGGGCAUCCCUGAUGCCACUUUGGUUCCCUCCUUGAGGUCUUCAUCUUCGCUGCGGCGCCUCAGUUACAAGGGUGGCGAAUACAUCGCAUACACAACGGUGUGAGCUCUAACACCUAGAAUUGAAGCAUACCCUGGAAGCAAGUGCUCCUGUUCAAGUGCAGCCGCUUUUGUUGAUUACGGGAGAAGACAUCGGGGUUCAAUCUGUUUGAGCCCCUCAGCCAAGAAGCCUCGAUGCCUUGUGUCUAUCAUUCAGGCAAGCAGAAACCGGAGCUGUUAGCUGUUGCAGCUGCUGGUUUAGUGGUUUGUUUUGCAAGGCAAUUUGUCAAAUAUCUGAAACCUUGUAUCUUUUUUGGGGGUAAACCUGUAGAUCAUCUGCAGGACAAUGCUGCUCUUGAAUGAUGCAGUAAUUUAUUAUGGAGCUGUGGUUGGAGGGUAAAAA